CAGCUGCCGCGGAGCCGCCGUACGGACCGUCGGACCCGCCCGCCCGCCCGCCAUGGCCGAGAGCGACUGGGAUACGGUGACGGUGCUGCGCAAGAAGGGCCCCACGGCCGCGCAGGCCAAGUCCAAGCAGGCCAUCCUAGCAGCUCAGAGACGAGGCGAAGAUGUGGAGACUUCCAAGAAAUGGGCUGCCGGCCAGAACAAACAGCAUUCGAUCACCAAGAAUACGGCCAAGCUGGACCGGGAGACCGAGGAGCUGCACCAUGACCGCGUGACCCUGGAGGUGGGCAAGGUGAUCCAGCAGGGCCGGCAGAGCAAGGGACUGACGCAGAAGGACCUGGCAACUAAAAUCAACGAAAAGCCACAGGUCAUCGCGGACUACGAGAGUGGACGGGCCAUCCCUAAUAACCAGGUUCUGGGCAAGAUCGAGAGAGCCAUCGGCCUCAAGCUCCGGGGCAAGGACAUUGGCAAGCCGAUUGAGAAGGGGCCGAAGGCGAAAUGAGCACGAAGCCUCGGAGUCGGUGCGUCCAGCUGACCUUGUCUGGCUGGCUCCCCUGACCACCGCGCCAGCGCCGGUCUCUCCAUGUGGCCGAGCGGGCACGGGGUCCGCCCUGCCCGGGACCCUCCACCUGAACCUGCUGUCCAACAGAACCUUGCAGAGUGUUUGCUUCUCCUGGCUGUUCUUCCUCCCUACCCCCGUCCUCACAUGAGGUGCAGACGCCACUGUCCUCUCCCAAGGUGUUGUCCCAGUUGUGGGUGUGGCUCCGGGGCAGCUGAGUGGGAGCCCUCGCGUGGGCGGGUGUGGGGUCGUGCGCCCAGGCCAGGCCAGGAGAGGGAAGACGCGCCUCCAGGCUGGCUGUUAGAGACGCUAAUAAAUGUUCGCGGCCCUUC